CCCAACUGCGCAUGUCUCGCUUACGUCAAACUACACGCUAUAAACACAAGAUUUGUUCAGUAUUGUAUAUGAAUUGAAUAAAAAUAGGAAUUAUAACAAAUAUUUAACAUAAUUUAAGUGAAGAAACAAAUAAUCGUAAGAUUAGAAAUGACUUCGGGCAAUUCAGGAGCCGUAUUUUUUUUAGGAACAAGAGCCCAUUAUCAGGUUUUAGACCAGCCUGAAUCUAGAUUCGAUUCAGAGAACGGCAACACGUCAACGGAGACAAUAUACCAGAAUCCGAGCAGUCAGGAGCUGUGGUCCAAACCGCAGACCAGCUAUGAUGACGUUGACAGGAGGAAUUGGAACUGUGAAGGUGACGUCACUGUGACAUACGAGAAAGAAAAACAAGAGAUAGGUGUUGGUGUGAAGAGACGGACCAAAAGACGUCAGAGCGAGGCCGCGCUUUGCGAGGAACUGCGUCCUGCUGCACUCAAUUGCCUAGCUGAUAACGAGCCGCCGAAGCCUAAACCCCGUCGUGUUUCUCUGCUGGGCUUCCUAAGCUCGUUGGCGCGUCGCAAGCGCCGCCUGGAGUCAGACCAAGUGCAGUAUCUACGUCAUCUGGAGAGUGCAUUAACUAACUGCACUUAUAGGGAGUCUUGUCGCUGUCUCGAUUGCCAGAGUCGAUAUUUCGAAUGUGACGAAAGCGACGAGGAGUACAGUUCCGACGAGAGUGAGUACACACCGCGGUACACCGUCCAUCCUGAGCCAAUCGCCGAACAUGAUAACGAUGACUCUGAUGAUGAUGUAUUUACAAACUCAGUGGCCGGUGAUAACACAUCAACUGAUCUUCUACUCGACACCAAGGAGAAGAUGUCAAUCUCCUCGGACCCGCUGGACGAGGAGGCAGGCCUAGACCUGGAGGUGGCGGCCGGAACUCCCGUGCUGCUUAACUAUCUCCUCACUCAUCCUAUCACAUGUGCCAUUCAGUAAUCGUACCAACAUAAAUAUCUUAAUUGGCGCUAUUUUCAAACUUUUUAAUGUUUUCAGA